ACACACACACACACACACACACACACACACACAACAUAUAUACCAAGUAAUGUUUCUAUGGUUACAUUGUGGUUUCUAAGUAAAUAUUCUAUUUGGUGAGAGAUAAACUUUAUUGUAUUUAUCCUAGUGAAUCUAUAAUUAAACGGGUAAACUAGUAGUAGCACAUUCAAUGUCAAAGAGAGUAAAGUGUUAUUAUCAGGAGAGGGAGAAUGUUUAAGUGGUUAGCAGCAGUGUUCAAGCCGAUGGCCCCCUCCAUGAGGCCACCACAAGAGGGUACAGAUAUUCAUAUUUUAUUUGUGGUUAUGUAAUUUGAUCACUCAUGAAAUUGAGAACAAAUUAAGAAUAUACUUUUGUUCACAAACCUCCUUUGGUUAGAAUCAAAACCACCAGACUUUUUAUCACAAAGCUGGAAUUUAAAUAUGGUUUCUAGGUAGAAAUUGAGUCUGCAUAGUACCUACGUAUUUCCAGACCUGUGGAAAACAUAUUAGCUACUUUUGGAAGGUUUUGCAACCCCUGGUUUCAUAUCAUCUUUGCUGGGAUGAAUCCUGGACCCCAAGCCUCCUGCCUCUGACUUAUAACUGAAGCUGUGCUAGCUUAGGGGUUACCCAGACUAAAAGGUCUGUCCGAUCUGAUUAAUCAUUGAUAUAAAUAAUAAAAGAGGUUUGAGGGUAGAUCCUUGAGGAAUCCCACAGUGUGUGGUAGAAUUAUUACAUUUCACACAAACUAUUUGUCUUCUGUUAGAUUUGAUCUCUUUACAAUAUUAAUCUAAAGUCAGUUGUUCUUUGAACUUCUGUAAAAUGCAAAAGCAUUUUUGACAUACACCAUAGAAAGUGCACGCUAUGCCAGGAAAACUGAAGAGAACGGACGUGCCUAAGGGCUUAUUGCCCAUCAGAAAGAGGAAUUGGAUUGAGUUUGAAAGUAUUUGGGGAUUCUGUAAUUCCCUUGCAGCCAGGCUGUCAUGGAGAAAUUUUCAGAACCGGAUGCUGAAGCAGUCAGUUUUCAGAUAUGUUUUCCCAGGAUUGUGUUCCAUAUUUUCGUUCUAACAUUUAAAUAAAAUAAAUUGUGUAUUCAUCUAGAAUUAUUUAGACUGCUUCUCAGUAUUAGCUAGAUUCUGUUAAUUUCCAUCCAAAUUAGCAUGCUAAGUGCUGUGCUGCCGUACAUGCGUCGAUAUGUGUUUCUUUCAUCCUUUCCACUGUGUCAUUAAAUGGCCAGUGCUGUGUCAUUAUGGAGCGAAGGCAUGGGUGGAAGGAGCAGGAGAACAAGGUUCAGCAAUCACUCUCCCUCUCUAAGAUCCUCCUCCGCAUGUCCCCUUCUGUCCGUCUGUCCAUCCGUCUGUGUCGUCUUAUCUCUGUACCUUUUGCCAGUCUCUCUUUUUCACACUGAUGCAUGCAAAUGCUGAUGUACUCCUCCUGGCACAGGUUUCAUAUCAAAUGCAGGUGUUUUUUUUUUUUUUUACAAGUUAUGUUGUUUCCUGUAGGAAAUGUGGCAUGUUCUAAUGAACAAAUCCGUUCCAGAUAUUUUGUUUGGUAAAAUCACAGUUUGGAUGACUAUUAAGAGAACAUUAUAACCCCCAGUGAAGACAUUUAUCUUGAUUGGGAACCGCUGCAAUGUUCUUGUGUGCUUCUUGUUUGGGAAUAAUGAUGCUUAUGGAUCUGUUACGUGUGUUUUUGUUCACCACCCUCCCUCUUUAGCUGAACUUCUAAAUUCAUCAUUGGCUCAGCUCUUUAAGAGGAUGCAUUUUCACUUUAACCUUCAUCUUUUUGUAUUGAAACAGCUCCCUUAAACAGCACAAAAGGGCAGAAUGACCUCUAAGAUCAUCUCCUGCUGAGUUGUCAACACAUCUUUAACUCUCAAAGUUUGAAGAGGCUUUGAGGAAUGAAAAAAAUGCACAGAUGUCUGGUUUUAGGCAUAUAAGUCACCUAAAAAACCCUGAAGCUAUAAAGAAGACACAAAAACAAACCGGAGAUAUGACACAAAACUGAAUACUUUCAUCAUAAGAUGGCUCAGUGCUGUUUCUGAUGGAUGAGGUUGUAGAAAAAGACAGUACUCUGAAAUAAAGAAAACAUUAAAGUAUAUGCAGUUUUUUUAUGUGGAUAACAUUUCAGUACAAAAAUAUUUCUAUGAGAAAUACAGCACAGCUAAAAAGCAACUGCAGCAACACACAUUUGUACAAUGCUGCAUUGGGGGCACAGUUAUUAGCAUGAGUGCCUCACAGCAGGAAGGUCACAGGUUCAAAAUCCGACUGCAAUCCUGUCAAUUUCAUACAGACCAAAAAUAUUAGGUUAGGUUCAUCGACUAUAAACUGCUUUGCUGAAUUCUCAGUUUUAAGUUGUUUUAGAUAAAAGCAUCUGUCAAAUAAAUAAAUAUAUGUUUAUAUAUGUAGAAAAAGUGUUAAAUAUAUAGAACUUGAUAUCCUAGAUCUGCUGGUGUUAUACCAAAAAUGACAAAGCUCGCAAAAUCCUACCAAUUUGUAAAUCUGAUGCCAAAACAACUUACAAAACUAUUGACCCAUGUCUAUCUUAUCAACCGUUUCUAAGGUGUUUGAGAAAGUUGUGUACAAUAGACUUAGUGGCUAUCUGAACAAACAUGCUAACUCCAGCUAAAUAUGGCUUUAGCAAAAAGAGCUCCGCCGGCAGUGCAAUUCUGGAUCUUGUUAUAAAAAAUCAAUGAUGCCAAAGAUAAAGGUGAGAAUGGAAUUGGAGUGUUUUUAGAUUUGUCAUACGUUUUUGACACCAUUGAUUUGGAAAUGUUUAUUGGAAAGUUGCAAACAUGAAGGUGUCAGAGGAACACAGUCAUCAAGUUUAGAAGUUACCUGACAGGUUGCAAUUUGUCCUAAUAAAAAACAGUCAUUGCCACCGUGCAAAGAUCAGAUGUGGAAUUCCCCAAGGCUUCAAACUGGGUCCACUUCUUUUCAUCUUAUAUAAAAAUUAUAUUUAAAAUUCAUCAAACCUCCUUAAUAAGGUCAUCUUUGCAGAUGAUACAAAUCUUUUCCUGGUUCAUAAAAAUCUUGACGUAUUACAAAAGAAGGUAAAAGAGAAAUUACCGUACCUAAACUAGAUACAGUGUAGUACACACACACACACACACACACACACACACACACACACACACACACGCUGGAAGUGCUGCAUUCCAGGUCUCAGCCUGACCUGCUGCCUUCCGUCAGGUUGUUGCUGCAUAAGUUCGGAUGUGAAGUUGUUUGGGUUCCGGCUCACGUGGGCGUGGAGAGCAACAAGUAGGAGGAUGCUGUGGCUAAGGGUGCACUGGGGAGGCAGGAUGUGGACUUAGGAGUGGAGUUUAGAGUUUUAGCAGGCCUCUUGGGAUGGAGGGGGGGCUACUGGGCAGGCCUUCUAUGAGCUGCAACACUUGGUAGACAGUCGAAGGUUGGACCUCAUUUGUGAGAGAAGGGACUCUGUAAUUUUGACCUGGUUGUGGCUGGGCUGGGGAUUUUGUAGUUGUGGCGCUACAAUUUCAGCAGGGGCGCGACGCCAUGCCUGAGCCAGUGACGUGCGGUCAUAGGAGGCAGGGAAGGGACUAAUAUCCGUAUACGAAUAAUGAUUUAAUAUAUAAAGUCAGUGUAUCCAGUGACUUUGUACAUUAUUUUUCUGUAUGAUUUCAUCAUGUUUAUAGCAAAAUAGCUGAAUUUACCUAUUAUCUGAUUAAAUAUACAUGCAGACGCGAGACGGGAGUCAAAGAAACUGCACACACUCACUGAAAUAGGAAGUUGGCGCAUGCUCACUGCUUUCUGUCUUUAUAUUGCCAACAUACAUGUUUUAUUUCACAUUUGCUGCACAUGGUGACAUUUUACAGUCUGUUUAACACAUUUAAUCACGGUGUGUGACUAAUUUAGUCGUUCUGAGCGGCUAUAGAGCUCCCGGAGUUGACGUCACUUCUCCCGGCAUGCAACAGUUCAAAUCGAAACGGCGCCAUAUUGGCAGGCAGAAGCCUGCAGCUGGACUAUUUGUUAUUGUCAGAAAACUCAAUCAGAUGGGAAAUAUGGUAGAUUCCUGUUGUGCCCCAGGAUGCAGAACAGAAGCGGACGACAUAAGGAAUGAGCCUUCUACAGGAUUCCCCAAGAUCCGGAGCGCCGCAAACGUUGGAUCAUUGUAAUAAAACGCACUAGUGACCGGGCUAAAAUGAAACUGUGGGACCCCGAGAGUAAAGGUUUUCACUUAUGCAGCGAUCGCUUCAUAUCAGGUACUUAAACCAACGUUUCCUCAACUGUGUAUGGUAUUUAUUUUAAAUGCUUUUAUUACAAUUCUUAGUGGGCUUCCUAAACUUAUUUUGGCGUGGCUUUUUCUGUCUUAUUACUCAUAGCAACAAGUAAACAUCACGUAAAACGUUGCCUCGUGAGUUCUGCGUGCUGCCGUUUACGUGUUUUAUGAUCACAGCAAUUAACCGGCUAAGCUGUAUUUAACUUUUAAGCAAUGGUUGAUCAGUUGUCAGAUCACACAUAAAAAGCACUUUGGAUUGCUAUUAUCGGUCUCACCGAGACGGAUCUCAGACAGAUCCUGAGACGCUCCUGCCUGACAUAUUUAUGUUAUUCACGGAAAACAAUCAAACUAGUGAUUUCUCUUGGCGUUCAGUUUAUACAUUCAAACAGCACAGCACUCUAUUUAAACUACUUACGUGUAAAUCUGUUAUUUGUCCAUCCUUCCAUCCAUUUUCAUCCGCUUAUCCGGAGUCGGGUUACGGGGGCAGUAGCGUCGAGAGGCCCACACCCCUCUCCCCAGCCACUUGGGCCAGCUCCUCCGGGGGAAAUCCCAAGGGGUUCCCCAGCCAGGUCCGGUAAGAAGUCCGCUCCGACAGCUUCUGGCGGGGCACGGUAAGGGUCGGAGAUGUUUAGUCUAUUUAAUUUCUGACUAUAUAAAACGAUUUCUUUGGUUUUAAAGUGUGAAGUAAACUCCGACGAAGUAAAAUCCAAGCUGAUCCCGUUCAUGUUCAUGAUCCGUGUUUGUUUACCUUUUUUUCCUGCCAAUAUGGCGUCUACUAACUGAGAGCAGAGGCAGAGCUAGCCUAAAUGCCGCCCCCUCCAGACUGCCGCCCUGUUCGGCCGCACAUGUUGCACAUAUCAAGCUCCGCCCCGACUGAGAGUCACGUGGGGUCCGGAGCUCUAUACACUCUCAGUAAAAAUGCAUGGGGGAAGCAGGUAGUACCCUGCCUCACUGAUAGGGGCAGUGCUGAGCCCAAUAGACACCAGUGCAAACUGGCUGCUUGUACACACACAGGGCGGGGGUGUGGAGCCGACAACUGAAGGAUUUAUUUAAACUGGAUUUUCAGUCAGAACAGGUCAUAACAGUGGAUGGUUUUUACAGCAGAGUGAUGGAGAAGUCAGGUUCCUGGACUUCAGAAACACGUAAAGGUAAGAUCAUGCACGAUUUUCAUCUGUAAUGAAAGAGCUAUGCCAAGAAUACAUUUUUAAUUAAAAUUUGCCCCAAUAAUAAAUUUUAUUUUACUUUUCUUGUUAGUUAAAUAGUGUGAAAUUAAUUAAAUCUUGAGUUUUAAAUCAACAAAAUAUUUCAUUCAAGGUCAAAAACAAAAUAAAAGCUUCUAUUUCAGGAUCAUAUAUUUGUAAGGCUGACUCCAGAGCAGUCAUUGCCUCCCCAGUCAUGAACCUCAUUGCAUGUCACUGGCCUGAGCCUAUGUAGAACAAACACUGAGUUACUAUUUAUGUAGAUAGAUAGUUAAAAAACACAAACAGACAACGGUGCAUUAUUAAAAUAAUGCAAAACCAACAGAACUCUCUAAAACUCUGAAAAAGGUUAACAUUACACAGCAAAUUAUCAGCUAUAAAAACACCUGGUAAAAACUUAUAUUAAAAAGCUUUACCACAACGAAGGUGUUUUAAAACCGAGGUCAGUAAAAUUGCCUAAAACAAAGUUAACCUUUUAAAACCUGAACACAAAAGAUGCCACUGGAUCAUCCACAACUUCUCACUAAGAGUUAAAAACUACCAAAGUUUAAAACUCAAACAAAUCCAAACGAAAAGGGGUUGAAACAAAACAAAAUCUGGAGGACAGCAGAACCCCUGCACUGCUGCCUCCCAGACUUCUUCUUCUUCUUUAAUGGCGGGUGGCAACCAACUUUCAGGUGCAUUUCCGCCACCUACUGAAUGGGAGUGUGAGUCGAAGUGGGGAGUAUCCUACUUUAAAAAAAAAAACUAAAUUCUUAAAUAGUCUAUGACUAACUUAUACACCACUAGUCCACCAUUUAACAGAAUACCCAACUCAAAUUCCUUAUAUCCUUUAACUUUCAAUUUUUUAACCAACAGUUUCCUAUUACCACAUAUUUCCUACAAGCACUUAAUACAUGUUCUACUGUUUCCCUAUCAAGUCCACAGUCACACAUCCUACUGUUCAAAGCUGUAUGUCCCAGUCUCAUCCUUGUUAUAAUGCUUGAUUUCUGUUACUCAUUUGAAUGAUUUCCAUUCUUCCAACCAUUCCCUUUAAUUUGUAUAAAUGUCUUCCUUUCACAUCCCUUAUCCAUUGUUCUUGCCAUUCAUCCAGAAUCUGCUGUCUAAUAACUGAUUUCACCCCAGCAACACUGUAUGGAACCUCCAUCACUGCUGCCUCCCAGACUGCUGAGGGCACAGCCUUUUUAUACAGGUGUUGACUCAUCAGGUAGAUUCAGUUCAGCUGUGCUCCUCAGCAGCCGGGAGAGAGGAGGAGGAGGAGGAGGGGCGGUGUCAGGCUGUUUCACUAGAGCUGGGUGAUCCUGGCUCCUGCUCUUCACUGGUCAGACUGGCAACCGUAACAUCCUCCAAGGUCACGAGAAUCUGCAUCCAGUGGCUUUUAUUAGCCGUAAGUUGUUCCCAAGGGAGGUGAAAUAUUCAGCGGUGGAGAAGGAGGCCUGGGCCAUUAAGUGGGCUUUGGACUCUCUGAAGUUCUACCUCCUUGGCAGGGAAUUUGUUUCGCAGACUGACCAUAAGGCUUUGCAGUGGCUAUACCGUAUGAGGGACACUAACAGCCGCGUAACCCUAUGGGCCUUAGUGCUGCAGCCUUUUUGUUUCACAGUUCAACAUGUGCCGGGCAGGAAGAAUGUUAUGGCUGAUUACCUUUCCCGCUCGUGCGGUGUGGACUCUUAAGGAGGGGGGACUGUGACUGCAGUGUCACCUCAGGGACACGGCCUUCUGGGUGCAGGUGGAGUUCUACGUGAAUGAGAACACUUUCAAGGAGCGCCUCAAGCUCUUCUUCAUCAAAAACCAAAGAUCUAGUCUGCGAGUGCGAAUGUUUAACUUUGCUCUAAAAGUGCUGAGCUGCCUCCUCUACAUCGUCAGAGUAUUGCUUGACAACCCACAGGAGGAGAGACGAGACUGCGUUGGUGGGGUUAACUGCACCAAACACAACUCAUCAUCGUCCCAUCCCUGGAGUGAGUUUGACUGGAAGCUCAUCAUCUGGGUUGAUAGGCCGCUACCGCUGUGGGCGCUGCAGGUGCUUGUGGCUUUCAUCAGCUUUUCAGAGACUAUGUUGCUGGUGUAUCUCAGCUACAAGGGCAACGUUUGGGAGCAAGUCUUACGUGUCCCAUUCAUUCUGGAGAUGAUCAGCACUGUUCCCUUCAUGAUCACUGUGAUUCUGCCCUCCUUCAGAAACCUCUUCAUCCCUGUAUUUCUCAAUUGUUGGCUGGCCAAACAUGCCUUGGAGAACAUGAUAAAUGACCUCCACAGGGCGAUCCAGCGGACACACUCGGCCAUGUUCAACCAGGUGGUGAUACUCAUCAGCACAUUGGUCUGUCUUAUGUUUACAUGCAUCUGCGGCAUCCAGCACCUCGAGCGAGCAGGAAACAACCUGACCCUGUUCGACUCGCUUUACUUCUGCGUGGUCACCUUCUCCACGGUGGGCUUUGGAGAUGUCACCCCGCAGAUCUGGCCCUCGCAGCUCCUGGUGGUCAUCAUGAUUUUUGUGGCGCUCAUCGUGCUUCCUAUCCAGUUUGAGCAGCUGGCCUUUCUGUGGAUGGAGCGACAGAAAUCUGGAGGCAACUACAGCCGCUACAGGGCACAGACGGAGAAGCACGUGGUGUUGUGCGUCAGCUGUCUCAAGAUCGACCUCCUCAUGGAUUUCCUCAACGAGUUCUUUGCUCACCCUCGGCUGCAGGAUUACUACGUGGUGAUCCUUUGCCCUGCUGAGAUGGACGUCCAGGUCCGGAGGGUCCUUCACGUCCCCCUGUGGGCUCUGAGAGUCAUCUACCUGCAGGGCUCGGCCCUCAAAGACCAGGACCUGAUGAGGGCCAAGAUGGACGACGCUGAAGCCUGCUUUAUCCUCAGCAACCGGUUUGAAGUGGACCGCAUUGCUGCUGACCAUCAGACCAUCUUGAGAGCCUGGGCGGUCAAAGACUUCGCUCCAAACUGCCCCCUGUACGUCCAGAUCCUCAAGCCUGAGAACAAGUUUCACGUCAAGUUUGCAGAUCAUGUUGUGUGUGAAGAAGAAUUUAAGUACGCCAUGCUGGCUUUAAACUGUGUGUGUCCCGGCACCUCCACCCUUAUCACUUUAUUGAUCCACUCCUCCAGAGGACAAACGGCACCUCAGGAAGCUUUCAAGCAACGAGCUGGAGCGUUUCAAGCCCUCAACAGGGAAGGUGGCGCGAGUUCAGCGGAUCAGUGGCACCGGACCUACAGACGCUGCUCAGCCAACGAGGUGCAUCACAUACGUCUGGAGGAGAGUAAAUUCUUUGGAGAAUACCAGGGCAAGAGUUUUACUUUUGCCUCCUUUCACGCACAUAAAAAGUUUGGAGUUUGUCUGAUUGGAGUACGCAGACUAGAUACCACCAACAUCCUGCUUAACCCGGGUCCUUGUCACAUCAUGGGUGCUUCUGACAUCUGUUUUUACAUCAACAUCUCCAAGGAGGAGAACUCCGCCUUUGUCCGGGGGCAGAGGGAGCCGUCCUGGGGCGGCACAGGGGGGAACUCAAGAGGAGUGCCCCAAAGCAUCUACCACGGGCUAACCCGGCUCCCCGUCCACAGCAUCAUCGCCAGCAUGGGCACUGUGGCCAUCGACCUGCAGGACUCCAGCGACAGCAGCCCUGAAGGGCAGGACCCGGGCAGCGUGGAGCUCGGCAGUGGGAGAGGGAGCAGAAGCAGCUCCAGGACAGGAGUGGGAGGUGCUAACACCUUGACUCUGCCCGCCAAGGGAGAUUCAGCUGACGAAAGGCGGCACAGCAUCGCACCGGUCCUGGAGCUGGUGGACGGUGUCAACAACCCGACCUUUGACCUUCUGGGAGAACAGUCCGAGGAUGAGGGAGGAGACGAAAGCAAGGAUGACAGUGACAAAGAUGAGAGCUCUCACUGGUGGGGGCGACACUGCGAGUGGGUGAAGGGAUACCCUCCAAACUCUCCGUACAUAGGCAGCUCGCCAGCGCUAUGCCACCUCCUGCAAGAAAAGAUGCCUUUCUGCUGCCUACGCAUGGAUAAGGCUUGCAACCACAUCCCCUUUGAGGAUGCUCGCUCCUACUGCUUCAAAAACAAACUGAUCAUUGUGUCUGCGGAGGCUGCAGGAAACGGUCUGUACAACUUCAUUGUGCCUCUCCGCGCAUACUACCGAACACGGAAGGAGCUCAAACCCAUCGUCCUGCUGCUGGAGAGCAUACCUGAAGCUGAUUUUUUGGAAGCUAUUUGUUGGUUUCCCAUGGUGUUCUACACAGUGGGCUCCAUCGAAAAUCUUGACAGCUUGCUCCGAUGUGGGAUCACAUUUGCUGACACCAUGGUGGUGUUUGACAAAGAGAGCUCCAUGAUAGCAGAGGAGGACUACAUGGCCGACGCAAAAACAAUCGUCAAUGUCCAAACUUUAUUUAGACUGUUCCCGGCUCUCAGCAUCAUCACAGAGCUCACACAUCCUGCAAAUAUGCGCUUCAUGCAGUUCAAAGUCAAGGACCAUUAUUCUCUGGCUCUGUCCAAACUGGAGAAGAAGGAGAGAGAGAAGGGGUCAAACCUGGUCUUCAUGUUCCGCCUGCCCUUCGCUGCUGGGAAGGUGUUCAGCGUUAGCAUGCUGGACACUCUGCUCUACCAGUC